GCGCUGGUGCUGAUGGUCGUCGGAUCGGCGGCGGCCGACAUGGCCGACGUGGGCAUGUGCAUCAGGAACUGCGCGCAGUGCAAGAAGAUGUUGGGCGCCUACUUCGAGGGACCGUUGUGCGCGGACGCAUGCGUAAAGUUCAAGGGCAAGAUGAUCCCGGACUGCGAGAACAUCGACUCGGUGUCACCGUUCCUGAACAAGCUGGAAUAGUGUUCGAGAUCGCGCGGCACCGUAAACGAACAGACGAACAGAGUAUAAUACCGUAGUAUAUGUAUGUAUAAU